AUGCGACACUCAACAUCUUCACUCCUCUCCCUUUCCCUGGGCUUACUACUGGGCUCAAGCGAAACCAAAGCCAAGGUUGCAAUUCUGGGUGCUGGUGUAGCUGGUAUCACUGCUGCCCAAACAUUGCACAAUGCGUCCAUCCACGACUUUGUCAUCCUUGAACUCAAUGACUACUUAGGGGGCCGCAUGAAACAUACCACUUUCGGAAAAUCAUCCGACGGUACGCCUUUCACUGUGGAGCUCGGUGCGAACUGGAUCGAAGGUCUUCAGAAUCCUUCAGGCGAGAUUAAUCCCAUUUGGCGCUUGGCGCAGAAGCACAAAAUAAAGAAUACGUAUUCCAACGAUAGUGCGAUCAUCACUUACGAUGAGACUGGAGCUUCUGAUUUUACUGAUCUGAUCGACCUUUUUGACGAGAAGUUUAGGAUGGCCUCACAGGAGGCUGGUUAUAUCUUCACUGAGAAUCUUCAAGACACAUCAACUCGUGCUGGUCUCAGCCUGGCUGGCUGGAAACCAAAGAGGGAUAUGAGGAUGACUGCAGCUGACUGGUGGGGCUGGGACUUUGAGACGGCAUAUACUCCAGAAGAAAGUGGCUUCGUAUGUGCUGUCGCAGGAAACAAUGCUACCUUCAAGCAUUUCAAAGCAAACGAGUUCCUCAAGAAAAACGACCCAAGGCUUCGUCUCAAGACUACAGUGAAAAAGAUCGAGUACAGCACCAAGGGUGUCAAGCUCGAUACCAACAACGGGUGUAUCGAAGCAGAUUACGCCAUCUGUACUUUCUCCGUCGGUGUCCUCCAAAGUGAUGCUGUUGACUUCAAACCUACGCUUCCGCACCGAAAGAGAAAGACCAUACAGCAAAUGCGGGUGGGGGCGUACACGAAAAUCUUUAUGCAGUUCAACGAGACGUUUUGGCACGAGGACACACAGUACUUCCUGUAUGCUGACUCAGAACAACGCGGCUACUUGUUUCAGUCUAUGAGUACGCCAGGUUUCAUUCCAGGGUCGAAUAUCCUGUUUGGCACAGUUGUGCAACAGCAAGCUUACGAAGUUGAGCAACAGUCAGAUGACAAGACCAAGAAGGAGAUCUCCACGUUCUAUGUUCCCCGAUAA